AUGUCCCGAGCCGCCGCGCCCCGGCUCCUCCUCACCCUCCCCCUCCUCCUCCUGCUCCUCCUCGCUGACCACGGUCCCACCCCCGCCGCCGCGGUGCGCUUCGACUACGCCUCGCUGACGCUCGGCAGCCUGAGGCUGCUAGGCGACGCGCACCUCAAGAACGGCACCAUCCGCCUCUCCCGUGACCUGCCGGUCCCGACCUCGGGCGCCGGACGGGCGCUCUACGCGACUGCGGUGCCGCUCCGGGGCGGGUUCUCGACGCAGUUCGCCUUCACGGUGGCCACGCUGAACCCGUCCUCGGUCGGCGGUGGGCUGGCGUUCGUGGUCGCCACCGACGGGGCCGCGCUCGGCGACGCGGGCGCCUACAUCGGCGUGUCCGUCGCCACCGACGCCGCGGCGGUCGAGUUCGACACGCUCAUGGACGUCCAGUUCGGCGACCCCAACGGGAACCACGUCGGCCUGGAUCUCGGCUCCAUGGUCUCGGCAGCCGCAGCAGACCUCGGGGCCGACGACGACGCCGGCGGCGGCGUCGACCUCGCCAGCGGGCGGACCGUCAACGCCUGGAUCGACUACCGGCCCGGCGACGGGAAAGGCGGCGGCCUCUUGGAGGUGUUUGUGUCGUACGCGCCCAAGCGCCCGCCCAGGCCAGUCCUGUCCGCGCCGCUCGACCUCGGGGAGCACGUCAAGGACGCCGCGUUCGUCGGAUUCUCCGCCUCCACGCAGGGGAGCACGGAGGCGCACGCCAUCGAGUGGUGGAGCUUCUCCACCGCCUCGCCGGCGCCGUCACCGCGUUCCGCCGCGCCGCCGCCCGACUCCACACCGGUGCUCCCGCCUCCCGUCUCCAACCCGGUGCUCCCGUCGCCGCUGCUCCCGGGAGUGACGCCGACGCCGCCAGCUGCCACGACGGGUGCCGCCGCGCCGGCCGUGUCGAUCGCCCCAUCGGGCUCCGCCGCGGCGGGGAGGAAUGCCGGCGGCUCGGGGACGCCGCGGACGCCCGGGCACGCGGUCCUGGCCGGCGCCGCCACGGCGGGCGCCUUCGUGGCCGCGUCCUUCGCGGGCGUGGCGCUCUGGGCGCUGGCGCGCCGCGCCAGGGCCAGGAAGCGCAGCCAGACCGCGGUGGCGGUGGGCACCAAGCGCGACAGCAGCGUCGCGUCGGCGGCGGCGCUGGCGCGGUCCCCGCGGGAGUUCAGCUACAAGGAGCUGAGCGCCGCCACGCGGGGCUUCGACGCGUCCCGCGUCAUCGGCAACGGCGCGUUCGGCACCGUGUACAAGGCCAUCGUCCCCGACACGGGCGCCAUGGUCGCCGUGAAGCGGUGCACGAACGCGCGCGGCGGCGGGAACGCGAGCGGGGACCAGCAGGCGCGGUCGGAGUUCCUGUCGGAGCUGUCCAUCAUCGCGGGGCUCCGCCACCGGAACCUGCUCCGCCUGCAGGGGUGGUGCUACGAGAAGGGGGAGAUCCUGCUUGUCUACGACUACAUGCGCAACGGCAGCCUGGACAAGGCGCUGUUCGACGGCUCCGCCCCGGUGCUGCCGUGGCACCACCGGCGCGAGAUCCUGAUGGGCGUGGCGUCGGCGCUGGCGUACCUCCACCACGAGUGCGAGCGGCGCGUGAUCCACCGCGACGUCAAGUCCAGCAACGUGAUGCUGGACGAAGCCUACCGCGCGCGGCUGGGCGACUUCGGUCUGGCGCGGCAGGCAGAGCACGGCGAGUCCCCCGACGCGACGGCGGCCGCCGGCACGAUGGGGUACCUGGCACCCGAGUACCUCCUGACGGGUCGCGCCACCGAGGCCACCGACGUGUUCAGCUUCGGCGCGCUGGCGCUGGAGGUGGCGUGCGGGCGGCGGCCGAUCGGGACGACGACCGACGGCGGCGGCAGGUGCUGCAACAACCUGGUGGAGUGGGUGUGGAGCCUGCACGGGGAUGCGCGGCUGCUGGACGCCAUGGACCCGCGGCUGGGUGGGGAGUUCGACGAGAACGAGGCGCGGCGCGCGCUGCUGGUGGGGCUGGCGUGCUCCAGCCCGGAGCCCGCGCUGCGGCCCGGGAUGCGCGGCGUGGUGCAGGUGCUGGGCGGCGAGGCGGACCCGCCGUUCGUUCCGGCCGCCAGGCCGUCCAUGAGCCUCGGCGGCAGCGCCAACAACCAGCAGCUGCUGCUCAGCCUGCAGGACAGCGUGUCGGACUACAACGCCUUGCUGGGGCUCGCCGGCCUGUCGGACGACUCGUCGUCCGCCGACUCGCUCAGCUCGUCCUCGCUCACCAGCACGCUGCGCAGGGGCGGCCAUGACAUCGGGUUCAGCAGCACCGCCGGCGACGCCAGGUGA